CGUGUCAGGCAUAACUUGAUAAGUAAUAUGAUAAUUAAAAAGUUUUCUACCUAUAAAAAAUUAAUAUAGUAUCGACCCUAUAAUUUUCCUGACACGCCUCUGUACAGAAAUUCGCAAAGCUACCUUAAUAAAUACAAAUACUUCUUUUGGCAAAGUAAUCAACUACCACAUAAAACAUAACCUUGUAUAAUUUAUUUACCAACCCGUCAUUUUAAAAAACUUACCUUCCAUGUCCAAUUCCACCUCCGGCUCAGGUUCCGAUUCCUCCAAUUCGGAUUCCUCCGAUUCAUCAACAUUCAUGCCACUACCACCGGCUGUGUCCCCACCAAAGGGACAUUUUCUAUAAAUCGAAUCAAAUUUUUUUACCCAAAUGUUUUAUACGUUUAAAUGGGGGUAAUUCUAAUAUAACUUACCCUCCAGCAGCACCAGUAGGCAUCUUAAAUUCACCAGUCGGUACUUUACCUCCAAAUUUCUCCAAAAAUUCUUUUACAAAUUGUAAUUGCGGCAAAUUAAGCACUGUUGGAUUUUCCGACACGAAAUUUAUAAAAAACUUCAACUUUUCCAAGUCAGCAUGGGACAAAUUAGGCAUAGCCAUUUUUGCGUAUUUUUGUCUAAUAAGAUUCUCAAAGUGGUUCUAGACAAUUAUACUGAUUGCUUUCUGUGUUAAGAACAAAUAAUAUAAUGUAGUUAUCACGUCUCUGUUGUGUAUUUCUUAUAAUUGAAAAUUUCUUUACUUUAAUUAGUCGGUAAAAUGUUAUCGCGAAACUUCUUUUUUGAGUAAUGGCACAGGGUUGAUUUUCUAUUACAAGCGAAAAAUAAACAAUAUUGCCAUACACAACUUGGCGUGCCGUUCGCCAAAGUUCACACGUACCAAACUCCUUAUAUUUGUAUCAAACUUUUAAAACCAUAACGAAAUCUUGAAUAUUGAUUCCGUUUAGUUAUUACUAAUUGUUAUUAUAUAUUUUCUUAUUAAUUUGCGACUUAAAGCAUUAAUACCUAUACGUUAUGAAAGCAAUAUCUACAAUAUAGUAUCGAUAAAUUUACGAUCGAUAAUAAUUACAUAUCUGUAAAUUGGAGAUUGAAGUUAAACAAUCACUUUGAAUAAAAGUUACCGCGCAAAAUAAGAGGAAAUAUUAAAGAAAUCUGUUUCAUGUUUUUGGAACAAACGUUACAAAAUGGCUCCGAAGCGUAAACGUAAAGUUCAAAAUCAGCCUGAGCAAUUGACUCAGGGCGGUGCAGUAAAUAAAACCAAGCUUUUAAAAACGGAGGAUCCAGUUGUAGAUGCUAAUCUUCCAGUUUUGUAUGUAGAACAUUGCCGAUCCUGAAACGUAUUUCGCCGCCGCGCUCUUCAAGUUCACGCAGAUCUGCUUGAACAAUUGCGUGUACUAAAGCCAGAUGUAGAACUUCAAUUGCUUAUGAACGUAGAUCGUCCCCCUCGGCGUGGUUCCUUUGAGAUAUCUAUUGCUACAAGCCCUACUGAGAAACGACAAGAAAUAUGGUCAGGCUUAAAUAGGAAACCACGAGCACAAAAAUUUCCACCUAUUACUGAGUUAACUGAGGCAGCAGGUCGCGUUUUAGGUAUAAAUACUGUUAAGGACACGGCGGGUGAGAAUAAAGCUCCUAAAGAUCAAACUGAGCAAAAAGAGGCUACUAAAUCGGGCAAUAAGCGGAAACGUUCUACAUAAAAAAUAUUUAAAUUUUUGAAAACAUUGGGUAGCAUUUAUGACUAGUGUUUGGUAAAAUCUCUAAAUGAGAAGCUAAACAUUAUGAUUUUUUUUUUGCUCAAAAUGAUUGAUGAAAUUAAAAUAUGAGAAAAAAAUAUUCAUACAGAAAUCUAUAAUUUAAAUGCUAUUGCUAUAAAUUGGGAGAGGAUUUAUUUUUAGCAAAUAAAUAUGUCUAACAGGCAUUGUUAUUUAAAAGAAGUACAUACUGUAAGUUAAGUUGUCUACAUCCUACUUCACGGUUAUAAUCAGGGAAGUAGAGAGAUUCUGGCUUGGGGAGUAUUAAGGAUGAAACAUUAAUUGUUGGAGAAAAAACUUGUAACAGAGCACCGGGCCGCUCUGAGAACUCCUGGUCCGGGAGGAAUUGUCCCUGAUUUCUCCGCCUGUCGGUCGCUGGUUAUAAUUCGCUACUAAUAAGCAACAAUUAAAUAAAAUAUUUCUUGAAAUAAUUACAUUGAA